AUGAGAUUACCUAAAUCUGUUCUACUUCGGAGACCAGAUGUAGCAGAAGAGACAAAUGAGGCAGAACCUACAACUGCAAAAGAUUUUUAUGACGAAGGGGUAAGCUAUGAAGAGUCUGGCGAUAGGUGGUUUACUUCAGACUUAUCAAAAGCAAUACGAUUUUACCAUCGUGCCCAUGAAAACUACAAGCAGGCUCUGAAACUUGAUCCCACAAUGAUGCAUGCACUCUAUAACCUACCCAGAUUAGAAUACGAAGUAUACAACAAGUACACAAAAGAUGACGCGGUCGUGACAAGUGAUCUAACCAACUGCGCAGAUGCAUUAAACGAUACAAAAGCCGGUGGACUUUUCCAAGACAUAGUUUCAUUGUGUCGCAGUUUCGAGGGAAGUAUAGAUAUCUUGCUUCAGUCAGGAAAUGAAAGCUCCAUGGGCUGGGAUUUUUAUUUCAAUAGUGCGUCCUGCUAUUUUGAAUACAUUGAGACAUUAUGUUCAGAUCCUACUAUUCUUCAAGGUCUCUCAGAAAAUAAUGACCUUGUAAAAGCAGUCCAAAGAUGCAUCUACAUGUUUGAGAAAGUUCUCAGUUACAUGAACUACUCUCUAGAAAACAGCAUUGAAGAUGAAACUGUGAAUCCGGAAGCAGUCUCGUCAGUUUGCAUUGAAAGUUAUAGAAUGCUCUCAACUGUUUAUGAGACUCUUUAUACGAUGGAACUGAUUAGUUUCAUGGAUAACUUGACUGCUGAAUAUUUAGAGAGGGUGGAUUUUGUGUCAAAUAAGCUCGUUCAAGAUCCAAUCCCUAAAGACAUAAUAAUAACUUUGAAGAUUGCCAAGUUGAAUGAGCGUUCGUCACGACAACUAGACUAUGAUUCCUUGGUUAGCAUAUGGAAUUCUGACCCAGAAUUGAACUGCACGAUCGAAAAGCAAUUAACGGAAUCAUCCUCAGUGAGGUCGUUUUUAGACAAGUUUGAGACGGUUGAGAUCUCUAUUCCCGAUGAAACUAAAUGGCUGAUUUUGACAAACUUGGACAAUAAGUAUCGUGGGAUCAACACCAUUCUUUGUUCUCAGAUUGAUGAGUUAGCCAAAAGCAGCAAUUCGGAGAAUGAUUUACUAAGUGGGAAGAUUAGUUUAGCUUGCUCCGUUUUCAUCGAGCGUGCAGAUAUUUUCUUGGAAAGGUCGUUGUUGAAGGUGGAUGAGGCCGCUAAGAACCGUACAGUAUUACAAAAUAACUGCAAGAAUCUACUUAAAAACGCACUGAUUUUUUCAAAGAAAACUGGUGGAAUCAGGGAGUCCAUAAUUGGAAAGUAUACAAGGAAGAAAAGACAAAGGGAGGCUGCCAUGAGGUUGUGCCUCAUAGAAGGAAAAACACAAGAAGAUUGGGGCAAAAUCAUUGGUGAAAAUUACUGGCCCUUGGAGCUCCAGACCUUGGCCGACAUCGAGGCGUAUAAGAUGCUACUCAACCGAUAG